CUUCGACAACAUGGCGCCGAUGUUGGUACCGCUGAAAUGCGGCUUUCACUUCCAAAGACGAAAAUUAGCGCUUCUCUUUCGACAGACGAGCUCAUAUCACAUUUGGAACAAAAGUGGCACUGAAAAUGGGACGGUCCAUAAACGCCAAAGUACAUGUCUGCUGAGUUCCCAUCCACACCUACGAAGAGUUACAUGGAGUACAAGCAGGAGCGAAAACUGUCGUCGGAUUUUGGAGGCGACAAAACAUUUGCAGAUUACAGACAAAAGAACAUGUUGGCAUGGACAUGCAGGAGGAAAGCUAAAUGCAGACCCAAAAAAUGUGCUGAGGGAGGUGAAUUCAACACAGAUCCUGUCUGCAAUGCUGUCAUAUGUUUGGCCAAAGGAUAGACCAGACCUGCGGGCACGUGUUGCCAUCUCUCUGGGCCUUCUCGCAGGUGCCAAGAUCACCAAUGUGAUGGUGCCCUUCAUGUUUAAGUAUGCAGUGGACGAGCUUAACCAGAUGUCGGGACACAUGCUGAACCUGAAUGACGCGCCAAGCACUGUGACUACCAUGGCAACGGCGGUGCUGAUUGGCUAUGGCGCGUCACGGGCUUGUGCAGCCCUCUUCAACGAGCUGAGGAACACUGUGUUUGGCAAGGUGGCCCAGAGCUCCAUCCGACGCAUCGCCAAGAAUGUCUUCCUGCACUUGCACAAUCUAGAUCUGGGUUUCCAUCUCAGCCGCCAGACAGGAGCACUGUCAAAGGCCAUCGACCGCGGCACACGAGGCAUUUCGUUUGUCCUCAGUGCGCUUGUCUUCAAUCUAGGACCCACAGUCUUCGAGAUGGGCCUUGUCAGUACUAUUUUGUAUUACAAAUGUGGUGGACAGUUUGCAGCAGUGGCCUUGGGUACCUUAUCCGCGUACACCCUCUUCACCAUUUUCUUCACUCAGUGGAGGACUCGAUUUCGAAUAGAAAUGAACCAAGCAGACAAUGAAGCCGGCAACGCAGCUAUUGACUCCCUCCUUAACUAUGAGACUGUUAAGUACUUCAACAAUGAGCAGUAUGAAGCUGACAGAUAUGAUGGAUUCCUGAAGAUCUAUGAGUCAGCCUCUUUAAAAACCACAUCCACUCUUGCCAUGCUCAACUUUGGCCAGAGUGCCAUCUUCAGUGUCGGCCUCGCUGGCAUCAUGUUGCUGGCCAGCAAGAGCAUUGCUGCAGGUACGAUGACUGUGGGUGACCUGGUGAUGGUGAACGGCCUGCUUUUCCAGCUCUCCCUGCCCCUCAACUUCCUGGGUACAGUGUACCGAGAAACCAGACAGGCCCUAAUAGACAUGAACACUCUUUUCACCCUGCUCAAUGUUGACACCAAGAUCAAGGAGAGAGAUCUUGCUCCACUAUUAACCAUCACACCACAGGAGGCCACCAUCCGCUUUGAGGAUGUCUAUUUCGAAUACCUGGAGGGCCAGAAAGUCUUAAACGGAGUGUCCUUCGAAGUGCCUGCUGGGAAGAAGGUGGCUAUAGUUGGUAGCAGCGGGUCAGGGAAGAGCACCAUUGUGCGGCUGUUGUUCCGCUUCUAUGAACCCCAGCAAGGAAGCAUCUACAUCGCGGGGCAGAAUAUCCGAGACGUCAGCCUCGACAGCCUGAGAAAGUCUUUGGGGGUCGUACCUCAGGAUGCUGUUCUGUUCCACAACACCAUCUUCUACAACCUGCAGUAUGGUAACAUUAACGCCUCAGCGGAGGAGGUGUACCAAGUGGCCCGUCUAGCAGGCAUCCAUGAUGCUAUCCUCAGGAUGCCCCAUGGCUAUGACACCCAGGUUGGGGAGCGGGGCCUCAAGCUGUCAGGAGGGGAGAAGCAACGUGUCGCCAUUGCCCGCGCAAUACUGAAGAAUCCACCCAUCCUUCUGUAUGACGAGGCUACAUCCUCCCUUGACUCCAUCACCGAAGAGAACAUCAUGAGUUCAAUGAAGGAGAUGGUGAAAGACAGAACAUCAGUGUUCAUCGCCCACAGGCUUUCCACAGUCGUGGACGCAGAUGAGAUUAUUGUGCUCAAAGAGGGUAAAGUGGCAGAGCGAGGCGACCACCACACCCUCCUCAGCGACCCAAACAGCUUGUACGCCGACCUGUGGAACACUCAGAACAGCAAAAUCCUCAGCAACAGCCAGAAUUCGCGGAAGCCGCCGGUAGAGCGCCUCUCCCAGAAGGAGGAAGAGAGGAAAAAAUUGCAGGAGGAGAUCCUCAACAGCGUUAAGGGCUGUGGAAACUGCUCCUGUUGAGAGAAGUUGUCACCACAGUGUCUCUUCCUCCCUCACAGAUGGCCUAUGCUGGAAUCUGCUGGAGUCUGUGCUGUACUGGGAGGGAGUGGGUUAGGGGUACAUCCCCACUACCUAAACCCACUUCAGCCAAGCCCCCACCCAUGCGACUUAUCUCCUCCUCCUACUCAUGUGAAUAAAGGCCGCUGCACGUCACAGUGAAGGAGGAGGAGCAGACCAGGGAGCAAGUGUGUUUAGCGCUGGCUGGUGUCCAGAUAUGGAGCUUCUAUGCCAGUUGCCUCAGUGGAAGCCAAGCAGAAGAGACCUUGUAUAUCACAUACGUGUGUGUAAGACAUCUGUUAGUCAACAUGGUCCCCUCACCCACCCAUCCCUCCCCCCCAGCUCCCUCCUCCUCAUCAUUUUUGACAGCAGGUUUAUUGACAUCUACCAUCGCAUUGGAGCAGAUGACAGUACACGUAAUGACUUACAUAUGUUGUGACGUUGAUAUAAAAUUUCUGUGGAAUUAAUCUUUUAAAUUAUUUUCAAAAUAAACUGAACCUCUACUUUGCUUUUGUGAUAUUUUGGACGCUCACAUAAUACGAUUUAUUUUGCUAUUAGGUAAUCGCAGUUAAAAUACUUGUUUUGCAGUAUGUUGUUUUGCAGAAUAUCGUUUGAGGAAACACUAUUUCAUAACUCGCGCUGCCCGUGACACUGUUAUUCAGUGCAUGUUCUAAAAAUAAAAUUUGGCAGAGACAAGUUGAAUCACAACAUAAUGUGGAUGUGGAUGUCAUGAAUAUGAACAAAACUGUUCCCUGGUGAAUUAGCAGUAUGUCACAGUCACCUUCAUGUAAAUAUAGCACUCUGAGAAUGAAAAGGAGCAACUCUAAUAAAUCUUGAAUGCUUUUCACCACAGUUGGAACCACAUUACGAGGCAGCAACUUGAAAGCCUCCGGUGGGAACACUUUGCAGUCAUAUCGCUUAGCCUUGGUUGACAGGCCUCUUCCCAGCUUUUUGGAUUGUAUGAGACUUCUUACUAAAGGCUACAUGUUAUUAUUUAAAAACUAACAGCACAUGUACGUCCUCAUUUUCUGAGGACUGUUUUGACUGUGAUAUGCACAUUUUGUUAGGAAUCUUGGUAUGUUAUUAUGUGUAAAAAAACAAAACAAA